UAUUUAUCUAAUAUGAUGAUAUUUCUCUAAUCAAGGAAUGUUUAUGCUGUAGGGAUGGGUCCACCCAGAGAGGUGUUUCACAUUUUGAUCCUGAUUACCUUGUUCACACUAGUAGAACCCAAGUACCAGGAGGUCUGGGGUCCGAGGUUCAGUGUCAGCAGGAUUCUCCUCACCGACCGAGUCGCGGAGUGCUGAGCAUUUUCGCUGGGCUGACCUCCUUGGACUCCUCUCUGCGAGUGAUGCGUGCCUUGAGUAAUGAAAGGUAUAUAUAGAUGGUUCAAUAUAACAUUGUUGCAAACGUCCAAUUGAAUGGCUCGUGAUGACUAACUUUAGCGUGGCGGACAUUCCUGCGGAGUCUGGGUCCCUUCCGCAGAUCCCGAAAUCUCAUUCAUGGAUGGGGAAUCAACCAUGGCAGGAGCACCGCAAUCAGGGAAAGGAUCGAGUUCGCGAUCGUCCUCAUUUGAGAAGGGCUCGCAGGACUAUUGUUUGACGGUGCUGGAGCCUGAGCAUCAUGACGACUCCGACAGCAGCCAGCUGGUUGUGAUUGGGCGGGAAAGCUCCGACCUGCGGCCCGAUGCCGCCACGAGGGAGCCUCUGCUACCAACUUCAUCCCCGAUUCCAAGUCAAAAUCGUCAUCAAGAGCUCGGGAAAUUCUCAUGCUCCUUAUCUGGGAUUCGUGCCUGGAUCAAAGGUCCAGUCCCGCCUGUCGAGUACAAAAUUACCCCAUGGCUAGCCCGCUGGCAGACGGCCCCGAGUCGUUACAUUGAGCGUCUCCUUCCGAGCACCCGCGCCAGAGUCUCGCUUCUGGUGGCUGGUAUCGCCCUGUGGGGAGUGGUGUUUUUGACCAUCCUGCACUAUUCGAUUACUGGGCAAGAGGUUCCUGGAUAUGGAACUCCAGUCAAGCUAUCGUGUCAUGCACGACUAUGGUAUAAUUCCACAGAGUGUGGCCUCGACGGAGAGGCCUGCCGUCCGUUUGAUAAUGGUGGCUUUGCCUUUCGCUGCCCCGCCAGCUGUGCGGAUGCAAUUCUGCUCGAGCCGUAUGUUGUCGGGCCUGCAGAGUACAACUAUCGUCCGCUAGUCAUCGGAGGAUCCCUCCAGGACAAUUCCACUGCAGACACUCCAGCUAGCUUUGGAGACAUAGGCAUCUACCGCGGCGACUCCGCCAUCUGCCCUGCAGCACUUCACGCUGGCCUGAUCAACAGCCAAACCGGCGGCUGCGGCGUGCUCCGUCGCACAGGCGAGCAUAACGACUACCCAUCCGUCCCCAAGAACGGGAUCACGAGCAUCGGCUUCGCAUCUUCCUUCCCGCUCUCCUUCACCUUCAACACCGACUCAUCCGAAAGAACCAGCUGUCGUGACCAGCGCUGGCCGCUCUUCACCUUCUCGCUCAUCACCACUACCCUCCUCUCCCUCUGCACCACCUCCUCCGCGGGCUUCUUCGCCUCCAUCUACUUCAUCGUCUACUUCCAAGUCGCCCUUUCCUCGGACCCCCCGUACUCCCCCGACUACCUGGAGAUCGUCUCCACAGCCCUGGGCCGCUUCCUCCCGUGCGCCAUCGUCGGCUGGGCGAUCUACCACUUCGCCGUGCGGCGCACACUGGCCCACAACCUCCCCGCGCGCUGGGAUCAGACCGUCCUCUGGCUGGGCCCCUGCUGGGUCGGCGCCCUCAACACCGACACCUUCGACAAGAUCCCGAUCUCGCGCCUCACGCCGCACGACCUGCAGCAGCAGCCCGGCGCCAUCCCCGCGCUGCUCAUCAUCGUCGCCUGCCUGGUGCUCAUCGUCCUCACCCAGGCCCUGGCCUUCCGGAAUGAAGGCCGCCUCCCGCAGAUGCUGACCGUGUAUGGUGUCUUCGUCGCCGGCAUCGCCUUGCUCCUCUCCGUGCCCCACAUGAACCUUCGCAUCCACCACUACAUCCUCAGCCUCCUGUUCCUGCCGGGCACCACCCUGCAGACCCGCCCCUGUCUCGUGUACCAGGGCCUGCUGGUAGGGCUGUUCGUCAACGGCAUCGCGCGCUGGGGCUUCGAUUCCAUCCUGCAGACCGGCGCGGCGCUGCUCGAGGGCGCCCAGCUGGGCAGUGUGCUGCCCGUCGUUGGGACGCCGGUUGUGCUGGGCGUCAGCCACAUCGCUUUCGCUGUCGGCAGGGACGCGCUGAUGAACGGCACCCGCGGGCCGUCGGCGGGAGAUGGGGUGAGUGUUUUGGUUAACGAUGUCGAGCGGUAUAGAGGCUUUUGGUCGGAUUUGGUUCCCGGUGCCGGUGAUGUUGUUGAUGGUGGUAAUGGCACGGACGCUGCUGCUGCUGUUGCUGCUGCUGGGGAGGGAUUGUUCAAUUGGACGAGGCAGACAGACGGCGAGGAUGAGUAUUUCCGAUUCGCGUUUGUGCGCUUGAAUGCCUUGGGUGGGUUCUGGUAUGAGGAUUUCACGAAGCCUGGGAUUUGGACGAGGGAGGGGGACUGGGUGGGGUGGGAGGAGGUUGAGAAAGAUACGGAUGGUGAUGGUGCAGGUGAUAAUGGUGGGGAGAGGUGAGGUGAUGGUUGACAGCUACUUCCGUCAUCUAGAUUGUUAUUGGAUUGUUUUGGCUCGCCAUCCGGAAUCUAGUUGUAAACUGUGUACGUAUUUCAAUUGCUCUGGGUUGGCUGUUGUUGAUCAAGCCUAGCUUGUAUACACUGUAGUUUAGAGGUGCUCCCACCAGAAGACUGUGGUCUGAUACCCUGGCUCAAUGGUUAGGGAAAUGUAUACAAUACAUCCACUCAACU